AUGGACGCAUUUGAGGUUCAGGGCCAGCAUGCUCCGUCAAGGGCGGAAAUACAAAUCACUCUGACCGAAAAGGAAGGGGAUAACAACAUCAUCGUCGGAGCAGCGGAGUGGAUGGUUGAGGGAAUGAGGAUUGAGGAUGCACAAAUUGCGCUGCAGCGGGUAGUAAGGGCCUAUGGGACCAAGACAACGGCAGAGCAGCGUUUGAACAUCGCGAAACAGAGAAAACGGCUCGAACUCCGGAUCGAGCGCUUCCUAAGGAAGGGGGAGGAGAUUGUGGGUACGAACGAAUGGGACGACGGUCGGCAGCAUACCGAGGUUAUCGAUGACAACGGUGACCUAUCCGACUGGGAAGACAUGCAGAACAACGGCCAAGCAGCCGCCGGGCCCAACGUAACAGGCAAUGUCCCGGCUUCUACUCCGAAAUCAAGAAAGCGAGAUGGGAGGGCAGCGGAGUGGCGGCCGUUGUCACUUCCAUCGUCCUACUCUGUCGACACGAUCAAGACUACGGACGUGCAGCCAUAUGCAAAAGCGGAACUGGAGCUACGAAUCGGGCAAGCGAACGACAUCUUGCACCAAUUGCGGAUAUUGCUCAGCCAAAAGUCGUUUGUAAUGCGAGCGAAGGUGCGCGAUGCCAAGUCUCAGUCGCGGAAGACACGGGCGUGGGCGGAUGUGCAUGCCGUUCAGAAAGGAGUGGAACACCAGGCCCGUAUGUACAGGAAGGUGCGGCAUGCGAUGACAGUGCUCGGAGCAACAACGUCAACGCUUCGAAAGUACCAGAAAUUGGUGCCUGACGACUUGAAGGUCAGCACAGCAAUCGUAGAACCGAACCAGAGGGGGCAGCGACAUACCCGGCUACCCUGGAUAUGGACGACGGAUGUUCAAGGCGAUAUGAACGCAAAUGAGACAAUGACGGAAUUACACCGUGUGCAUUGGUUCCGAGCACGGUCACAGUUCGAGCGAGCCGAAGAAGAGGACAAUAUCCUCCGCCGGGAGCUGGAUUCUGUCCGGAGAUAUUUUGAGUACGAGACGAAACGGUGGGCAGAUCAUGCCGCCAACCGGAAGAGCGGAAAGUAUCCUGGGUAUGCGGAGGUGUGCCGUCACAGGCAACAUAUGUACAAACUGCUACAAAAGGAUGCUGACACAGCCUACGGUAUCAUGUACCUGGGGCGAUAA